CCGCUCCCGCCGCCUCGCGGGUCCCCGCCCAGCGCCGUGCAGCGGCUUAAGGCCGCCGGCUGGAAACGGCGCUGAGGGGGCGGGGUGGUGGAGCCGCGUCCCUCAGGCCCGGGGGUCCGGGCCGCUGUGUGACGGGAGUUUGGACCGAGCAGAAUGGCCAGCAGUCCUGGCAGUAACGCAUCCCUCGCCGAUCAGAAAGGCACGCGCUCAGAAGGCUCUCAAGCAAAGAAGUCUCAGCAUGCAGAAGAAGCGAUCUUUUACAAGAACUGUCGAGCAGCUUAUCUAACUGUUUUAAAAAGCAGUUUAGAAAAUAUUAAAUCAAAAGAACAGCUCACUUUGGUACUUCAGCAGGCUGGAAGAAACCCAUCUCAGAAGACAGUUAAUAAAUACUGGACUUCACAAACAACUACGCUGAAUUUUGAUGAUUUUUGUACUAUUUUAAAAGAAGAAACACCAGCCACAAGAACUGAAUUGCUUGAAGCGUUUGGGAAAAUAGACACAGAUAACACUGGUUAUAUUUUACAUGAUGAACUUUAUAAAAUUCUGGUAACAGAAGGUGAAAAAAUGACUUUGGAUGAAGUGAGUGCAAUAACUAAACUACCUGAUUUUAACUGCAAUGGCAAACUUGACUACAGGAAGUUUUGCGACUUAUAUAUGACAACCAGUGAGCAGUGCUGCAGGACUGCACUAGAGAAACUGGAGGCUGAUAAUCGAUUGAGGCAUCGGCAGUUUGGAAACCAAACUGAAACUUCCACUGAAGGGAUCACACUGCCAGUAUCAAAACCAUCCCUGAAAGUCUUGAAGAAAACUGACCACAAACCAGCACCAGCCAAAGGUGAGAGCAGAACUCCUUCAAGACCCUCAUCAGCUCAAAGCUGCAAAGCGUCCAGUUCUUCCACUAUCAGCGUGUGUGCCAGUAGCAACAGAAGCACAAAACUAAUUGAGCCAAACAUGAUGAAGGAAUGGCAAUGUGCCCAGUCCAAAGGAUGCUUCUACCUAGAGGAAGAUGGUGAAAUCAUUAGUCAUAAGUACAGGUUGCACUUACCUCAGAGGUCUACAGUAUGUAUAACUAUCAAGCCUUUACACCUUCAUCAAGUAGAAGGAAAAUCUUGUCAUUGGUUGUCAGUGGAUAUGAUGUUGUAUGUUUUGAGGGAAAAUGAAACCCAAGAAAAUCUACAGCUUGUGUGCUUUACUGAACAACAAAACAAAGAGAUGUUUGGAUGGAAAGGGGAGCUUCCAUCAGGAGUUUACUGGCUACUCCCAUUCACAACAGGCUGUAGGCUGAAAAAGGUCAAAACACAAAUUACUGAAGAAGCAAAACUGGUGUACAGAGAUGAAGAUGGUGAACUGGCUCUUACCAAGGAGUUCCGAGCAGCUUUACUGGAUAUAUUUGAAACCAUUGAUUUGGAUGGAAACGGCCUUCUGAGUUUGGAGGAAUACAAUUUCUUUGAACUGAGAACUAGUGGUGAGAAAUGUGAUGAGGAAGCGUGGGCUGUAUGUAAGGAGAAUUUUGAUAUGAAGAAGAAUGAACUAACAAGGCAAGGAUUUAUGGAUCUGAAUCUCAUGGAAGCCAAUGACCGUGAAGGGGAUCCUAGUGACCUCUGGGUCACUUUAUUGUCACUGGGCUACAAUAAAGCAUUAGAAAUGACAGAGGCAUGCCCCUUUGUCAUUGACAUCUAUGCAGAAAAAUGCAAACCCAGAAUUAAAGCCAUAUAUCUAGAGGCAGGCAGCUGGCAACUCAACAGGGCUAUUUGCAAGUCUGUUGUUAAUAAAGGAGAUGCCAAAGUAAUGGAUGGCUGUGAAAAUGUAAUUGUCUAUACCUACAGAACUGGCAUGCGAAUCACUUCUGUUAUUGAAAAUAAGUCUGAAAACAAAGUGAUUGUUCAUGUCAACAAUGAGCAGAGUAGGAACUGCCUAAGUAAUAGAGGCCUUGCUGUUUUUGCUGUAGAAGUGGCACCAAAAUCUAUGAUGGUUUCUCAGCACGUGGUGCCGCGGAACGAGCAGGAAGAAUGGCUGUAUAAUUGUGUGCAUUCCCUCUUACGCUGAACAUUGUAGUCAGCGCUGUUUCUUGGCCAUGUUUAAAUCACAGCUCCUGCAAGACAACUUCUAGGUGCGUCCUCAAAAGCUGGUACGCUUCUCAGUUUCAUCUGUUAAAGCCAAUGAAUCCUUUAACUACUUACUCGUUUUUGGUAUCCUAUGUCUGCUCAUAGCUUUUAGGAAACACAAAUGGUGAUAGCAUAGGGAUGGAAUAACUGCAAGUAUGCAAAAUGGUUUGAUAGAGUAGAUGUGUCAAGAAACAUGUAGAUAUAGCGUUGAGAGACACGGUUUAGUGGGGUUAUUGGUGUAGGUGGAUGGUUGGACUGGAUGAUCUUGUAGGUCUUUUCCAACCUAGCUCAUUCUAUGAUUCUGUGUUCACAUGCUGUCUAAUGAAAAGCACCAAUGUGAGAGUGCUGAGACACUAAAAAUGAGUCCUGUUCAGUGACACAGCUGACAAUUGUAACACAAUUGUGUUUCAUGAGGGCUGUUUCCCUAAAUAUGCCCUUAUUUUCUGUAAUAGCUGAUGUAGUUCCAUCACAUACUGGAACUGCUUCGCUCACACAGAAAAAACUUUGGUUAAAUUGGUCUGAUGGAUUCCUAAUUCAACACUCCCAUGAUUUUAACGUGAGAAAUAAAAAGAGGUGGGGUUCUUUAUCGCCUGAUAAAGGAUUUGAUUUUUUUCUUGUUUUUUUUAUUCUGAUUUUCUUUUGUCAUUUGAUAAUACCUUGUUCUAAAAAAGUGAUCCGCUUUUAAAAUAAUCCUUUAUAUUAAAAUAAAGUCUGCCUUUCCACACGCGGUAAGGAAAUGA